AGGCUUGUUGUACAUUCACAAAAUGCGACUAAGAGCAGCACAGAUGGCAUGACUGUGCUAGUUGUCCCGUUCUGCAUAGCGAUUGGGCCUGCCAGUAGCAUACUUUUCUUUUCCAUAUUGCUAACUAUCUUGCGCAAAGACAUUGCGCCUGCGCGGUCUUGCUUCGAGAUCAUGGCGCUACUUUUUCCCAAAACAAACUUAAACUCACUCACUCAGUCAAUACCCACAAAAUGAAGCUUCUCUCAUCCCGAAGAUCGCGACUACGUAUCUCUCUUGUCGAUCAUUUUGGCGAGCAGCACUACAGUGGUACUCGCUUUUGAGAGGUGUACGAGUGAGGAGAAUGGAGUGUACCCCUCAAGUUGUCUGUGCACAGGAGUGGAGCUCUUCCGUCGCGACCUAGCCAUGCCAAACGGGUGCGCGUGCACUGAAGCUGCGGGAGGGAAAAAUGGUAUUAGUAGUUUCUUUGUUUGAGGUGGUUUCAGAAGAUACAGGCCUGGUAGGCACGAUGCUUUUACCUGUACUAUCUGGCUGCUGAGAUGCAUACCCGUCAAACGACUGGGUAUCUCAUCGUCAUGUGUGAAAGUGCAGGCAGUCUGUUACUUGCUAUGUAUUGUAGUAACAAUUUCGUAGCAUCAACUGGCGCCAAAAAAUCUCCCCAACCCCACCGCAGAAAUGCAAUGCGCCAUUGCUCAUGCUCCUCAUUACCGAACUGCGGAAAACGAAGUCCGUACUUUCGUCUCCUCAUGUUCGAGCUGUAGUGCAGCACGACUGAGGUGCAUCGACGGGGAAAGCUAUACUGUAGGGGAGCGCGCUGAAGAGGGAGGCCUAGAGAAGCAAUUGCUGACAUCGACACUGGGCAUUUUGAUCUUAUCGCUGAGUGGGGUCUGUGCGUUCGCCGCGGUUGUUAUGGCAAGGAAGUGGAAUGAGCUUUAACUUACUUUGACAUAAUAUUCAUGAAGACGCCGAAGCAGAGACUCAUCAUUUUCAGACUUAGAAGAAGGCGAAAACGAGGAAAGGACAAGGGCUGCGCAUUGCGGUAGAGAAGUGACAGAAAGUUUGACUGUGGUAGCGCCAUCCGAAAUGAACCCCGAUAGUAUUCAUGCAAAAGUAGUAGAAAUAAGCAAUAGAUUUGCAUUUUGAAUCGACGUGAUCAUCUCUAACAUCCGAAGUUGUUUCCACUUCGUAUGCUGUCGAAGAGGUGAAAGCGGUCGGACUCUUGUUGGAUCCAUGCUUAGCAGGAGUAGAGACCGUAGAAUACUGAAUCUGCCAGACAAUGCGAUAGCGGAUCGUGGGUUGGGGGUCGUCGCGGGAACAGGAGGCGUGGCGGUGGAUCAUAGUAGUUGUGAAUCAUCGUGACGUGAUAGACAUUACGACUAGCCUCAAUUUUGACUGUAUUUUUUUGUAAAUGUAAAAGUGCUUGCUCUUAUUUUCUUCCUCCUCAGACCUUGCAGCUGCUGUAUCAAUGUGCAAGUUUAUUCCAGAACAAGGUAGGCACUUUCAUUAUGGGCUCACCUAAUCACUGCGCUAGCGCUACCCAGUAAAUGCUCCACCGUCUUCGCCGUAUGGUCCUGUGCAGACGAGUCAGACGCCUUACUACAUCAAAAAUUUUCCCGCUGGGGGAGGAUCAUCUUAAGGCUAUUCAGAAAAUGUGAAAACUUUUAGUUCCAUCCGGCGCGCCUUCUAGUAUAGCAGGGCUUCAGACAUGAGACACAUCCUCCGAAUCGAGCAGGAAGAUAGAGCAAAGUAGAAGAUCUGACGAAAUAGAAGACACAUGCGCAUGAGUCAUAGCUGCUGAUGCGAGAAGUAGAAGCCUCAAAUCAAACGGUGACGGGGAAAGCGGCCCUUACAAUCGGAGCGCGUCAGCUGACGGUCGCAAAAAGGUUAAGGGGAGAUAACUGCGUCCUUGAUUGGGGCUUGAUUGUCUCCAUCUAGUAGAGGUCUAUUCUAGUAGAUAAAGCAAGAACUUCAAAUAUAAAACUAGCGGCCAGAAGUCGUCAGGGAAAUCUUAUGCAGAUUGCCGAGUAGAUUCGCAUCGUCAUAAGCUUCUUCUUCGUCUCUACUUUUGGCAGAUAUUUCCUGCAUCAAGUAAAGGAAAGUAUAUCUGAAACAAGUAGUCUUUCUCUAACAUCCAGGAAUCCUCACCACCGGAAUCGAAGAACUUCCUAGGGAGUAUAUUCGGCUCUCUUCGGGCAAGUUCCUCAUCUCCGGCAAAGGGAAAGCACAAAUCGGGUCGAAAGUCAUUGGAUAACUUAAGGCAGGGCGUUAGGUUGAUGCUUAGUGUGGUCGUUAGAUAAAGAUAACUUGCGGCUGGGUGUUUGAUGUUUUGAGUCAUUGGAAGUGGAAGCUAACUAAGGGUCGCGCAAGUCAUUAGAGAACCAUACAAGUUAUUAGAGAACCAUACACGUCGUGCCAUCGCGUGCUACCGUAUCCUAUCCGAUAGAAUGUGGCAGGGUGUUUCUAAGAACGACACCAAAUCUGGAUCCAGACGCCUACGGUGGAUACAACUGGGGAAGACGAAACAGUAGGGGAAGCAGUCGCGCUAGCUCAGAAGCAAGCACACGCACAGACUUGGGCGAGUCUCGUUGUAAACAUUGACGAUUAUUUGUUGCUCUCCAUUUAUUUCUUCGAGUUUGGCUGCAUCUGGAUACAUGGAGAUACGUCCCUACCACACCCUCUUCGAAAUCGAAAUAAUGUCUAACGACCUUGCUUCUAUCCUCUUCACUACCGCAGCCGCUUCUCCGCCGCAACCGUCUGCUCCUCGCUUGGGAGCUAGCUUUAGUAGGAAUCCUGGAAGUCUGAAUUUUAUACCGCCACCGCCACUAGGGAUGCCACCAGCGCACAUGCAAGUGUAAUGGAGUAGUUUGAAUCAACAAGAUGAGGAUAGAAUGCGCACAUUAUGAGUUAUUAACUUCUUUUUGAGUACUUACUUAAACGCUGAUAGAUCACCUUUGCGAGCUCACUUUGAAGAAUGCAAAUCCUUACACAUAAAGAAGAAGCUCUUGUUUUUUUCGGCUUCUUUUUUUCGCAGAGCUUGAUGAUUUUGCUGCAGGCGAUGUCAUUGGACAAAAGAGUAAGUGGCACAAGGAGACCACGCACUAAUGCCUAUUUUCGGACACAGUCAGAGUCAGCCUGCCUUGUGUUGGGAAAGUAUGGCACGAAUCCACUACUGAUACUGUAGAGCUAUCGCCUACAAGUUUGGUCUGUUAGACAGCUGCUCUUGCGCUGUUUAGAUAACUACGCAAGUGAUUUCUUCUUUUCUAGCACCUAAGAUA